UUUUCAUGGUAUCCAACAUUAUAAAAUGCAGGUAAGAAUCAACGUCAAUGCGUGGAAAUUACAGAUGAAUGCACUUGUUUUUCCUUGGCAUUCAUAUAUUAUAUAUAUAUGUGAGGGCAGUGUGGCAUCCACACUCCAACACCAUCCAUUCCUUUGCAAUUUGAAUGCAUAUACAUCGAUCUUUCGUUGUUUUUGGAUCGACCCUUGUUCAACUUCAUAAAACAAAAUGCAGAAAUCAUCGGUGUCAACAAACGAGAUGAUUCCGCUGUGGGGAAUCAUCCUAUCUCUUGUCUUUCUGAACUUGGUAAUAAUACUGCAAGAUUUCUAUUCAAGCUUUCGUUUCAUUGUCAGUAUACUCAAAUCUUUCCUGGGAGUCAUUUCUUAUAUCUGGGUUCCUUCCAAUCCUAAACCACCUACAACCCAGAAAAUUUGCAGAAACGGCAAUGAAAUUUUGAAUGAUGGCCGAGAUCUCUCGUUUUCAGAAUUGAAAAGGGUGAUGGAGAAAGCGGGGAUGAGUGAAAUAGGUGGACUGUUCGAGGAAGAAGAACCGAGUUUAAUGGAAGUGAAAGAAGCAUUCGAUGUAUUGGAUGAAAAUAAGGAUGGGUUCAUCGAUGCAAAGGAGUUAAGGAAUGCAUUGAUUUCGUUAGGUUUGAUGGAGGAAGCUUCGGAAGAUGACUGCAAAACAAUGAUUAAAGGGUUUGAUGAUAAUUGUGAUGGCCGAAUUGAUUUUAACGAAUUUGCCAGAGUUUUGGAGACAAGUUUUUGCUUCUGAACCUUCAUUCACUGUUGUAUAUUUAGUUGUAUUACUUCAAAUUAAAAUGAUCUAAUAUUUAGAUUAAAUUCCCAAUCUAUU